CACUAUAUUUUACGCUUAGCGAAAAUAACCAUCAAUAAUAUAUUAUAAGUAUAGCGUAAAGCAAAAAGUUUAACAAGCUGGUUAUGCUUUUUGUAUUUUCAAAUAGUAAAUAAUGGUAUAACACGAUGACUGCACCAACUCCAUCGUCAAAUGAUGCAUGCUUAAGCAUUGUGCAUAGUUUAAUGUGUCACAGGCAGGGUGGUGAGUCAGAGACAUUUUCUAAAAGAGCAAUUGAGUCAUUGGUAAAAAAAUUAAAAGAGAAAAAAGAUGAACUUGAAGCUUUGAUAACUUCUAUAACAACAGCGGGAGCUCAUCCAACCAAAUGUGUUACUAUACAAAGAACUCUUGACGGACGAUUGCAAGUUGCUGGCAGGAAAGGUUUUCCACAUGUUAUAUAUUCCAGAAUUUGGCGUUGGCCUGAUUUACAUAAAAAUGAGCUCAAACAUAACUCAUACUGCCAGUAUGCAUUUGAUUUGAAGUGUGAUAAUGUUUGUAUUAAUCCAUAUCAUUAUGAAAGAGUUGUUUCACCAGAUAUAUCCUCAUUAUCUAUAUCCCAGCAAUCUGAUGGUAGUUCUAAUACAAUGAGUCCCACUGGGAAUGAUUUUAAGCCAACAAAUAUGCCAUCUUAUGGAGUUGGUAUGCCAAGUAUUGGAUCAUCAAUUUCUUCUGGAAUGAAUUUUCGCAUGUACUCUCCGCUUAAACCAGAACUUGAUCGUCCAAUUCAUCAGCCUGUUCAUCAGCAGAUUUAUCAUGAUGACCAUUCUAUGCAUCAUAUUAACCCACGUCAGUCUAUACAUCAUGAUAAACAUGAUAUGUCACAAAACUAUGUGGAUGGAAUCCAUCCUUCUCCAGUACAUAUUUCUCCAAAUCGACAACAUAGUCAUGGAGGCAUGAUGCAGUCUCACACAGGUUUUUCCAACCAUAAUAGUUCUCUACAAUAUGGCAACAAUCAUGCACAUGCCUAUCAACAACAGCAUGGUUUAAUUGAUAGCAGACCACACUCUAGAGCUUCAAUUGAUGGUCGAAGAAUAAGUGAUCAAAUGUUACACGAUGAACAUAGUCGGCAUAUUCCUUUAAUGUAUAAUCCAGAUAUUCAUCAUCAUAGUGUCCAAAGUCAGUUGCACUCACCUAUUCCAAGUCCAUAUCAUUACCCACAUUCAGUAUAUGACCUUACAGACAGGAGUAAAACAUCUUUUUCUCAAUCAAGUGUAUCAUUUUUACGUAGAUCUUCAAGUCAAUCUAACACUGGUGUUAGCGCUUCCACUGUUUCUAAUACGAUCUAUCCUAUGCACCCAAUAACUGUUACAAGUUCAUCUCAUCAGAAAACAAGUAGUCACUCUAGUUCUGUUGAUGUAGGUAUAACAUCUCCUAACAAUGUGUAUCAGCACAGCUUUUCUGUACCGACUGCUAAUGAUCAGCCAGCUACAAGUUCAAUACAAUCUCCGGUUUCAAAUUUGUACCCAAGCCUAUCAAAGUCAAUAAAUGUUCAUACACCAAAAAAUGUUACUCCAGGAUCUCCAGAUAGAAUCAAUCCGCCUUUGAAAAUAGAAGAAAAUAGUUUACAACAAGCAGAUAUCACAUCAGUAGGAAGCAGUGUACCUCCUCCUAGUUGGUCACCAGAAGUAGAUCAUAUUUCCUCACAAUCAAGUCUUCAUCCAAAGACUGGAAUUAGUAUGCCAUUUCCAGUUCAAUCAAGCUCUGCAGUAACAGCUGGACCUUCCUUCUGGAAUCCUCCUGAUCAACCACGUGUUGACUCAUAUUCUCGUUCAAUGCAUUCAGGAAGCACAGGACUAUUAACAAGACAUGCUACACCUGCUUUUUGGUGUUCGAUUGCUUAUUAUGAACUCGAUCAACAAGUUGGAGAAGUUUUUAAAGUGCCACACAAGGCUCCUUCAGUGACAGUUGAUGGAUAUGUAGAUGCUUCUGGUAAUGGUGGAAAUCGAUUUUGUUUAGGCCAACUUGCAAAUGUUCAUAGAACUGAAGCUAGUGAAAAAGCUUUAUUGCACAUAGGGCGUGGUAUAAAACUUGAUAGAAGAGGAGAAGGUGAUGUUUGGGUAAGAUGUUUAAGUGACCAAAGCGUAUUUGUCUCGAGUUAUUUCCUUGACCGACAAGCUGGGCGUUCGCCUGGCGAUGCUGUCCAUAAAAUUUACCCACAAGCUUAUAUUAAGGUAUUUGAUCUGCGAAUGUGUUAUGAACAAAUGAAGCAACAAGCACAGGCUGCUCAAGCAGCUGCUGCUGCUCAAGUUGCAGCUGUAGCAGGAGGUGCCGGACCUGCUUAUAGUUUAAAUCACCCAUCUGCGUCACUUGGAGUCGAUGAUUUGCGCAGAUUAUGUUUACUUAGACUUAGUUUUGUAAAAGGUUGGGGUCCUGAUUAUCCUCGUGUUCAUAUCAAACAAACUCCGUGUUGGAUAGAGAUACGUUUACAUCGUGCAUUACAAUUAUUAGACGAUGUUUUACAUCAAAUACCAAUAAAUGAACCGAUGCCUAGUGAUCAUUAGUUCAUAAUGCAGUUGUGACACUCAAAGCAUUCAAUAAAUUUUACCUAAGAUACUUCAGUACCUUUAUCAGGCUGAUUCAUUUUACAAGAGUUCUGACGAGAUUUUAUCUACUUUCGACUAUAAAAGCAUUAUUUUAUUAAUGGCUUUUUUUGUGUUUCAUUAAACUUUUUCUUAUGGUUUGUAUUGCAUUACACCUGGAACCAGUGUGUUAAACCAUCGUUAGAUAGGGUUGAAAAAGUUUAUUUUGUCAUAGAAAGAUUUUACCUCUUGCCAAUAAAAAAACAUUUUUGGAGAUUCUGUUCUGAGAAAUUUCUGUUCUAGCAAUCAAAAUAUUUUUUUUUUUAUUUAUAAAGUAAUUUUGUAUUGCUGAAUAAAUUAUUUUGGACUAAAAAACAUGAAUCUUAAGAGUGGAUUUAAAAUCUUUUUGCAAGUUAAGUGACGGAAAUUUUUAAAGUAUUUUUACGACAAUUUUUUUC